UGCUAGGUGGAGCACCUCUCCAUGAAGUGGAAAUAUCCAGUUCCAGGUUUUCAGGUCUGCUCGUCUCCUUAGAUCUCUGCCUCCGUUUCUUUCUCAGUUACUGGCUGCUUCUCCCUGUACACUACCACACAUAUUAGAAAUUGGUUUGUCAUUUUCAAGAGCGGUCUGUAAGCAAACAUUUUUUUUUACUGAGGGUCCUCCUUCCCCUACCCGCUGGGGUGCUCCAAUCACAUCGUAUGUAGAUAGACAUAGACCGAAAAAUCUUGGAUAUACGGCCGGAUCAGCUGCUUACCCCUUUCCCCAUUUUACUGAAAAUUUACACCGGAGCCUGUAAAGGACACAAGCUGCAGCAUUUACGUGCUUUUCUCGUUUGGUUAACGGAUGCAAAACAUACCUCUCGUUGGAUAUAACAGGAUCCCUUAGUCCCCUGUGGCGUGGUGGUGGUGGUGCUGAAAGGGCGCAGAUGUGAAGUGGACUGCAUUUGUUGCUUUGGUGCUGGUCCGUUUAGGUGCAAAGGAAACAUAUUUGCUGUAACAGCCAGUGGCUCUUACCUACCUUUUUAUAAUUUUUGUACCUUAUCCAUACGGUGCCAGUCUAAGGUGUUGUUACUGCCUGCAGGGAGCGGGCUUGGUGUGCUGAAAGGAAAUGGCUAUGAAAGAAGGCAAAUAAGCAAUAGGAGCGAGGUGAAUCCAAGAGGCACUUUCGGUUUUUGGGCGUGCGUGGCUGUCUCCCCGGGCUGGAGUGUGGAUUUUAGGGGGCUUUCGCUACGUCGUUCUGGAAAUGUGGGUGAGCUACUACAUGGCUGCUGCUUGACCACUGGCCAGCGGGUCCCUGCUGCACGGCGUGGCCGCCGCUUGCUUCAGCAGCUCCCGGUGGGCUCGCCCGGGAUUUAAGGGCAGCUGCCAGCAAGUGCGUGUACGAGUAGGAGGUACAGAAUAAUGAAAACCAUGAAGACUUGCUUCUCCAAAUAUAAACUAAGGCUUUAAGAUUAACAAAAAAGGAAAAUAACGAAUUUCAAGAAAAUCUGUAUCCGCUACCGAACAAUAAGUUGUGACUGUAAGGGGAGUAAAGACAGACAUAAUCAGCUGCAUCCAUGGUGCGAAAAGGAACAGGGAACAAGAUACUCCUUCAGACUGCGGCACAGUGCCUCUUGUGUAAAGAAACACUGAAGUCUCCUACCAAUAAGAAAAUGUGUCCUGCUUUCAGUUUGCAUUAAGACGUCACCAGCUGGAUAAAGAGUUUUCUGUGAGAAUUUUACAUUGCCUUGACACUAAGGGCUAAAAGAACAACUUGAAUUUGUCAUUCCGACCUUUCCAGUCUUCUCCAGGCUUCACCUUUUCUUUUCGUAUGUAGGGCACGAAAUGUAGCUCACAAAAGGGAAUGAGAAAUAGAAAAGAAGAGGAAAGGAUCCUGGCAAUAAAAACGUUCUUGCAGAAAAUGGAGGCAGCAUAAAGCCAGAACUCCAAUACACUCUGCACUGUGGAGUUUCUGUUAAAUUCGAGGCUUUGUGGACGUGGGCCAGCAAAGGCAGGACAAGGAUAUAUUUCUCUUCCUCUUUCUCCUGACACCUGGAAGCAUUCGUUCUUGAGAUCCAUUAGGAGUAACACACACCAAAGCCAUGUGGCCAGCAUUCCUCCUGUUACUCACAAAGCUUAUGGCACCAGCGGUACACGUUGCUGGGACUGCUUCUUCCAUAGAGACGAAUGCAUUUAGCCGGGCUCCUAUCCCAAUGGCUGUGGUUAGAAGAGAACUCGCUUGUGAAAGCUACCCUAUUGAGCUGCGCUGUCCUGGAACAGAUGUCAUUAUGAUUGAAAGUGCAAAUUUUGGAAGAACGGAUGAUAAAAUCUGUGAUGCAGAUCCAGUUCAAAUGGAAAAUGUCCGCUGUUACCUGCCUGAUGCAUAUAAAAUCAUGUCACAAAGAUGCAAUAACCGUACCCAGUGUGCUGUGGUUGCAGGGCCUGAUGCCUUCCCUGAUCCCUGCCCGGGAACGUACAAGUAUCUGGAGGUCCAAUAUGAAUGCGUACCUUACAAAGUGGAACAAAAAGUUUUUCUGUGUCCUGGACUUCUGAGAGGAGUAUACCAGAGUGAACAUCUCUUUGAGUCUGACCACCAAUCUGGGGCCUGGUGCAAAGAUCCCCUACAGGCUUCAGACAAAGUCUACUAUAUGCCAUGGACACCAUAUAGGACAGACACAUUGACAGAGUACUCUUCCAAAGAAGACUUCAUUGCUGGUAGACCGACCACCACCUAUAAACUCCCACACCGAGUAGAUGGCACAGGAUUUGUAGUCUAUGAUGGAGCUUUAUUUUUCAACAAGGAACGUACAAGGAACAUAGUCAAGUUUGACUUGAGGACUAGGAUAAAGAGUGGUGAAGCCAUUAUAGCCAAUGCAAACUAUCAUGAUACAUCACCUUAUCGUUGGGGUGGCAAGUCAGACAUAGACUUGGCAGUGGAUGAGAAUGGGCUGUGGGUACUGUAUGCUACUGAGCAAAACAAUGGUCGAAUUGUUAUUAGCCAGCUCAACCCUUAUACAUUGAGGAUUGAAGGAACUUGGGAUACAGCUUAUGAUAAAAGGUCAGCCUCCAAUGCAUUCAUGAUUUGUGGGAUUUUAUAUGUAAUAAAGUCGGUGUAUGAGGAUGAUGAUAAUGAGGCUACGGGCAAUAAGAUCGACUACAUCUAUAAUACAGAUCAGAGUACAGAUGGCUAUGUGGACAUUUUAUUUCCAAAUUCAUACCAGUACAUUGCCGCUGUGGAUUAUAAUCCCAGAGACAACUUGCUCUACGUCUGGAAUAACUACCACGUUGUAAAAUACUCCUUGGAGUUCAGACCAUUGGAUAGCAAACCAGAACCUUCCACAUCUUUUGCAAUGGGAACUACCACAACUAGUACAACACCACGACAUACCACAAGGAACACACCGAAGACAACACCAUCUGUUACUGGCCGAAGGACUAAAAGUACGACCACGCCAUCCCCUUCAACUAAAGUGCCUGAAGAAUUUUUCACCCGGUUACCCCCUGUUUCCUCCCAGUUGCCUGCUAUUGGGACUGAGUUUUGUGAAGCAGCAGAAUCACGAGAUAUACUGUGGCCUAAAACUCGUCAGGGACAACUUGCCAAGCAGCCAUGCCCCCAGAAAACUAUAGGUGUGGCCACCUACAUGUGUUUAGCUCCUGAUGCAUUGUGGGACCCACAGGGACCUGACCUGAGUAACUGUACAUCUCUCUGGGUUAAUCAUAUUUCACAGAAGAUCAGAUCAGGAGAGGCGGCAGCUAAUGUUGUAAGAGAACUUGCAGAACAAACUAAGGGUCAUUUCAACCCUGGUGACAUCACGUACACCGUAAGAGCUAUGGAUCAGUUGAUAGAUUUAUUGGACUUCCAGUUACGUAACCUUACUCCAGGUGGGAAGGACAGUGCUGCUCGAAGCUUGAACAAGUUACAGAAACGAGAACGCUUUUGCAGAGCUUAUGUCCAGGCAAUGGUAGAGACUGUUAACAACCUCCUUCAGCCCGAGUCCCACAACGCCUGGAGAAAUCUGACCACCAGUGACCAGCUGCGUGCUGCCACUAUGCUGCUUGACACUGUGGAGAAAGGUGCUUUCGUUCUAGCUGACAACCUUCUCAAAACAGAUAUUGUCAGGGAGAACACAGAAAAUAUCCAAUUGGAAGUUGCAAGACUGAGCACUGACGUGAAUUUGGAAGAUCUGAAGUUUCCGGAGAAUGGUGGCCACACUGCUAGCAUCCAGCUGUCAGCAAACACAUUGAAACAAAAUGGUCGCAAUGGUGAGAUACGAGUGGCGUUUGUCCUGUACAAAAACCUGGGUUCAUAUUUGUCUACUGAAAAUGCCAGCGUAAAACUGGGCAGUGAGGCCAUGUCUACAAACCACUCUGUCAUUGUCAAUUCUGCCAUCAUUACUGCAGCCAUCAACAAAGAGUACAGCACUAAAGUCUAUUUGGCCGACCCAGUCAUUUUUACCAUCAAACAUAUUAAGCAAUCUGAAGAUAAUUUCAAUCCUAACUGCUCAUUUUGGAGUUAUUCAAAACGGACAAUGACAGGAUAUUGGUCCACUCAAGGUUGCCGAUUGCUUACAACAAACAAGACUCACACUACAUGCUCUUGUAAUCACUUGACCAACUUUGCAGUACUGAUGGCACAUGUCGAAGUCCAGCAUCUGGAUACUGUUCAUGAUCUUUUGCUGGAUGUAAUCACUUGGGUUGGUAUCCUGCUGUCUCUUGUCUGCCUUUUGAUCUGCAUCUUCACAUUUUGUUUCUUCCGUGGCCUGCAGAGUGACCGAAACACCAUCCACAAAAACCUAUGCAUCAGCCUUUUCAUUGCAGAACUGUUGUUCCUCAUUGGGAUCAAUCAAACAAAACCACAGAUUGUUUGUGCAGCUUUUGCAGCUCUGCUGCAUUUCUUUUUCCUGGCUGCUUUCACUUGGAUGUUUCUGGAAGGCGUGCAGCUGUACAUCAUGUUGGUGGAAGUCUUUGAGAGCGAGCAUUCACGGAGAAAGUACUUCUACUUGGUUGGAUAUGGUGCCCCGGCACUGAUUGUAGCUGUGUCAGCAGCUGUGGACUACAGGAGUUAUGGGUCAGACAAAGUAUGUUGGCUUCGGCUUGAUACCUACUUCAUUUGGAGCUUCAUAGGACCAGCGACCUUGAUAAUUAUGCUUAAUGUAAUCUUCCUUGGGAUAGCGCUUUAUAAAAUGUUUCAUCAUACUGCUAUACUGAAACCUGAAUCGGGCUGUCUUGAUAAUAUCAAGUCGUGGGUUAUUGGAGCUAUUGCUCUUCUCUGUCUAUUAGGACUAACUUGGGCCUUUGGGCUUAUGUACAUCAAUGAAAACACAGUCAUCAUGGCAUAUCUCUUUACCAUUUUCAACUCGCUGCAAGGAAUGUUUAUAUUCAUUUUCCACUGUGUUCUCCAGAAGAAGGUACGCAAAGAAUAUGGCAAAUGUCUGCGUACACAUUGCUGUAGUGGCAAGAGUGUAGACAACUCCAUGGGUUCUGUAAAAACAUCUGGUUCUCGGACACCUGGACGAUAUUCCACAGGCUCACAGAGUCGGAUUCGUAGAAUGUGGAAUGACACAGUUAGAAAACAAUCCGAAUCUUCCUUUAUUACAGGUGACAUUAACAGCUCAGCCUCACUCAACAGAGGAGCCAUGGCUAAUCACCUUAUAACCAAUGCUCUGCUCCGUCCUCAUGGCACUAACAAUCCGUAUAAUACAUUACUUGGGGAAUCUGCAGUCUAUAACAACCCUUCUGUCAGCAUGUACAACCCACAAGAGGGGCUACUGAACAAUGCCAGGGAUACAAGUGUCAUGGAUACUCUACCGCUGAAUGGUAACCAUGGAAAUAGUUACAGCUUAGCCAGCGGUGAGUACCUUAGUGACUGUGUGCAAAUCAUUGAACGUGGCUACAAUCACAAUGAGACUGCCUUAGAAAAGAAGAUUUUGAAGGAAUUGACCUCCAAUUAUAUCCCUUCUUACUUGAAUAACCAUGAGCGCUCCAAUGAACAGAACAAGAACCUGAUGAACAGACUUGUAAACGACCUUGGUGGUGGGAGUGAGGAUGAUGCCAUUGUACUGGAUGAUGCCUCUUCCUUUAACCAUGAGGAGAGUUUGGGCCUUGAACUUAUCCGAGAGGAGUCUAAUGCACCCUUGCUACCACCACGAGCUCAUUCCACAGAGAACCAUCAGCCCCACCAUUUUUCCCGGAGGCGGAUUCCACAAGAAAAUAGUGAGAGCUUUUUCCCUUUACUAACCAAUGAGCACACAGAAGACCUGCAGUCUCCCAACAGGGAUUCCCUUUAUACCAGUAUGCCGACACUUGCUGGCUUGCCAGUCACAGAUGGUGCCACAGCUAAUAACCAAACUGAACCCCAACCAGCAAAAAGUGGUGAUGCAGAUGAUGUUUACUAUAAAAGCAUGCCAAAUUUAGGUUCAAGAAACCACGGCCAUCAGCUACACACUUACUAUCAACUAGGCCGUGGCAGCAGUGAUGGCUUUAUAGUUCCACCAAACAAAGAUGGUGCUCCAACAGAAGAAAGCUUGAAAGGACCUUCUCACUUGGUCACAAGCCUAUAGAAAUCAACAAAACUAACACUUUUGGUUUCCUGUUCAACAAUAAGCAGGUGGUAAUAUUCUGUGUAUUCUUCAGUGUUGAUGCUGUUCUAAAAAAAGCGAAACUCUGUGACUGUUUUACAAACUUUUUUUAGGCCAGCCCUGGAGAAUACUGUAUAGAUUUGUGUCCCCCUCUGUGGACCAGCUGACUCAUAGAUGCUGAAAGGAUAUGAAAGGGAUAUAAAUGAACAAGGCACCCUGUGUUGCUUCCUUCAGUGAUGUCAAGUUUUCACAUACUACUGGGGUUCAUGACAGUCAGGGACCUAACAUUCAAGGCCAAUGUGUCUGAAACCUAUUGCAUAUGGUUUUGAGUGCCACAGAAAUACUGCUUUUAAUAUAAAUUUCCGCAUUACUUGUCGGCAUUUGGUCAUUUGCAACUCACUUUACCAACAGUGCAUUUAGCUACAAUGCAGAAGAAAUCUGUUGUUAAAAUGGAAAGGAACUCUUAAGGUCAUAUGCUAAAUGUACAUUUUAUGUUUUGAUGUAACACCUGAAGAACUAACAGCAGACAUUUUGAACAGUUUCUAUGUAGUAUGCAGAUACUAGCACUGCACAUUAGUAUGCUUUUUGUUCCUCCAGAACUUGCGUCCCUGUUUAUGUAGUGCAAAACAAAACAGAACUUUUUUUUUUCUGUUGUGCUGGUCUUGCAACUUUUUGUCUGAUGGAGCAAGGCUUUCAUUAAUCUUUUUCUGACCAGUGUUUUUGCCCUUAAAUAUUCCUAUAGGACAUAUACACACAUACUUUAUGAAAAUAAUUUCUGGUAUUGUGGUCACAGAUUGUUUACAAGGCUUGCUUUAGUUCUUAUCCCACAUAAUCUAUAUUUUAAGUCUGUACUAUUUUGCCAACAAAAAAAUGUCCCAGGUAAAGUGGGGCAUCUUUUGUUUACCGUGCACAGUGAUAUUAUACACAUAUAUAUAAAAUAUACCUGACACCCAUUACAUUUGGCAAGUAAUUAUUCCCAGGAUGGCAGGUGCAGGUGUAGAAAAGUGUUUCUGCAUGAUGUUGAGGCCCCCCAAAUUGAAGUGCAAUGAAAGAAAAUAUGUUUUUUUACCUUAAGAAAUAUUAACUUUAAAUCAAUUUGUAGCAGAAGCUGUUAUAUAAAGAUGGAAAACCACCAUCUUUAAAAGGGCUGAGACAGAAAAAAGUUACCAGCAAGUUUGUUUGCCUCAUUUGGUAUGCUUGAAAAGUGCUGCUCAAGAGAUGAAAAACAUCCCAAAGGAAACAGCUGAUCUCCUACAUGUGCACACACAAGCAGCAUUUACCCAUGAUGCUCAGUCUGAUCAGCACAAUAGGCACUUGUACUGUGGUGGUUAUAAAAAAGACAUUAAAAUGAAAACUCUUUUGAAGUGUCUGGAGUAUGUGUCUCAGUUCUUUUAUUUUUCCCCUUACAGGAACUUUAUUUAUUUGACAUGAGCUAUGGUAAUGUAGGCUUUCAGAUCACAAGGAUGUUAACAGCACAGAAUUUUUUUUUAAUUUAUGAUCCAUUUUGUAUGGUUUCAAAAGACAAAUGACCUCAUUACUAAUAUUUGUUGUAAAAAUGGACCUUGUUUGCCAACCAAUAAAUGACUGAUUAAGAUA